AUGGCGGCGGCUGGAGGAGGCGGCGGCGAGUCCGACGGGAGCGGCAAUGGCGCCGAGGGCAACCCUCUCGCGAUGGAAGGCGACGGCGGGUCGGACGCGGAGCCGGACUCGGAGGUGUUUUCGUGCGGGGCGCACUGCUCCGAGCUGGCCUGGCGCCAGAACCAGCAGCGGCGGUUGGGCCUCUUCUGUGACGUCACGCUCGCCUUCGGCGGCGGCGGCGACGGGGAGGUGGGGGGCGCCUCCCCCUCCCCCGGCGACCCGCCCCCGCGCGAGUUCCGCGCGCACCGCUCGGUCCUGGCGGCCGCCACCGAGUACUUCGCGCCCCUCCUCUCGGGCGACUUCGCCGAGUCCCGCUCGGGCCGCGUGGAGCUGCGCAAAUGGAGCUCCGAGCCCGGGCCCGACUCGGAGACGGUGGAGGCCGUCAUCAGCUUCAUGUACACGGGGCGCGUCCGCGUCAGCCCCGGCAACGUCCACGAGGUCCUGGAGCUGGCCGACAGGUUUUUACUGCUACGUUUGAAAGAGUUUUGUGGAGAAUUUCUCAAGAAGAAGCUGAGUCUCUCCAACUCUGUGGCAAUCCAUAGUUUGGCUCACAUGUAUUCCUUGAAUCAGCUGGCUCUAAAAGCUGCAGAUAUGAUCAGGAGGAACUUCUACAAAGUCAUCCAAGAUGAGGAAUUCUACACUCUCCCAUUCCACCUCAUCAGAGACUGGCUUUCAGACUUGGAAAUCACAGUGGACUCCGAAGAAGUUCUUUUUGAGAUGGUCGUAAAGUGGGUUCAAAGGAAUCCUGACGACAGAGAAAAGUACUUUGGGGAACUCUUUAAACUUCUGCGGCUGUCGCAGAUGAAGCCCACUUACUUGACCCGCCAUGUCAAAUCUGAAAGGCUUGUAUCAGGCAAUGAGGCUUGCCUCAAACUUGUGUCAGAAGCGGUGGAAAGCCAUGCUUUGAGGGCUGAGAACUUGCAGUUAGGUACCUUUCAACAGGUCACGUCGCCCGUAACUUUGCUGCCUCGCUUCGGACAAAACAUGGAUGUUAUUAUGGUCAUUGGUGGCGUGUCGGAAGGAGGUGACUAUUUGAGUGAAUGUGUGGGGUAUUUCAUCGAUGAAGACAGGUGGGUGAACUUGCCACACAUACACAAUCACCUUGACGGACAUGCUGUUGCAGUGACAGAAUCCUAUGUUUACGUAGCAGGUUCCAUGGAGCCUGGCUUUGCCAAGACUGUGGAAAGGUACAACCCAAAUCGAAAUGUGUGGGAGCAGGUUUCCAAUCUGAUAACGAGGAAGCAUUCCUUUGGUCUCGCUGAGGUCAAGGGGAACCUGUACAGCAUUGGGGGGCAUGGAAAUUUUAUACCUGGCUUUAAAGACGUAGCUGUCUACCAUCCAGACCAAGACAAGUGGCAAAACUUAGAGUCGGCACCAAAGAUACUUCGAGAUGUCAAGGUGAUCACUGUAGAUGACAGGUUUGUUUACAUGGCUGCCCGCACACCAGUGGAUGGGGAUAGCGAAGAUGGCUUGAGGGCUGUCAUCAUACGAUACGAUGCAGAUGCAAGACAGUGGCAGGAUAUUGAGUCUCUGCCACUCCUGGACAAUUAUUGCUGCUUCCAAAUGGCCGUGGCCAACACCAACUUCUAUCACACAGCCUCAUGUUGUCCCAGAAGCUACCCCAUGGACCAUGAAGAAGCCAAGAGGAAGAUUGCUGGCCCAGUGUCCGAUGACAUUCUGGAAAGCUUGCCCCCGGAGGUUCUUAGCAUCGAAGGGGCGGCCGUAUGCUAUUACAAAGACGACGUGUUCAUCAUAGGUGGGUGGAAGAACAGCGAUGACAUAGACAGACAGUACAGGAAAGAGGCUUACCGCUACUGUGCUGAGAGGAAGCGCUGGAUGCUGCUACCUCCCAUGCCCCAGCCUCGCUGUCGAGCAACAGCCUGUCACGUGAGAAUCCCGUUCCGGUCCUUGCACGGUACCCAGCGAUACCCGAUGCCACAAAACUUAAUGUGGCAGAAGGACCGGAUUCGGCAGAUGCAGGAGAUACACCGUCAUUCCUUAAGCUUGAGGAGGAUGCCGCGGUCCCAGAUAGAGUGCUAACUUGAAUAAACAGAGUUUGAGGAAGACCUGUUUGUGUUGCCAUGUGGUCCCCUAAUAGUAACAUAAACCAUUUGGAUAAAG